UUACGGUGGAAGAAAACCGAUUGAGAUAAAAAUGGUGGACGGAGACUACCGGGACUGGGAUUUCUACCUGAGAACCUUAUCAAACAGCGCCAGAGACUCCAAUGCCGCCAACAAUCCCGCUUCCGAUCCCGCUCUUCUCCAAUCCGUGAAGAAGCUGUAUGAGUUGUGUAAAGCUGAGAAUUCGGAGGAUUUGGUGGCGAGGGUUUAUCCCCAGAUUAACAAGCUCUUUCAACGCUCCGUCGCUUCUCUCUCUGAAUCUCGCACCACCUCUAAUAGCCUCCUCUUGCUGGCCAUUCUUCAAUUUUGCCUUGAUUUUGGAGACUUGGUUCUGCAUGACGCUGAUCCCAGUCUCAGGACAUUUUUUCGUUCCUGCUUGAGCCGUGAGUUUGCAGAUCCAGUUGUCGCAGAAGCGACCCUUGACUUUCUGAAUGUAAACAAGAAAAAGCUCUCAACGUCUUUCCCUACCUUACUGCCUCAGUUCUUUCCCUUGAUGUUAAAGUUGAUUGCAUGGAAUGGGGAACGAUUAGAAAAAUCAUUCUUCAAGGUGUUUCCAGGAUUGAUGUCUCCAGGGUCAUUUCUUCCAUUAUUUCCAUCUCUAGUGGACUUGCCAACUUUGGUAGUGGCAUUGGAGAAAGUAGAAAAGAGCUCAGGAUCAUUGGUUGGAAACAGCAUAGCUUCAAUGCAGAAGAGUUCGGCUCCUGAGAUGCUGCUGGCGCUUAUGGAUGAAGCUUAUACCGGUUCAACAAUAGGAGAUGGAGGGGGAGAUUCCGAGUCAGAGGACACUAAUGCAAUAGAUGUUGCUGACCCUCUGUUCCUCGACCUUUUAAAGGAUGAAAAUGAUGGCAUCGCUGAGCGCCACUUGACCUCUCCUGGGAUAGUUGCAGCUUUACAGGCUGCAAUAAAUAACCCUCGAUCCAAUAGGCUGAAAUAUAUACUUCAGAUGGCACCGCGGCUUCUUGAUCUUUACUUUGCUAUAGCAUUACGUGAUGUCAACAAUUCUUUGAUCUGCGCAUUGAUUCCCCUACUCAUGUCUAGGAAUGGUACAAUUUUUCCUGACAAAGUUUAUUCUUAUGAGGUCCGUAAGAGGCUUUUAGAAUUCAUGCUUGCCGCCUUUCAGCGCUCCCCAGAUUUUAUUGCGCUUUUGAAGAAGCCUAUAAUGGACAGGCUUGCAGAAGCUUAUAGUGGACAAGCUUAUGACAGCCCUGAAAAGGAAGAGUUGGCAUUACAAUUGUGUUGGGCUAUUGGAGAGCAUGGUGGGGGUGGAGCAUCACACAAAGAUGCAGCUCGUGAGCUUUUUGAGAGUUUAGAGCUACUCCUAUAUGAAAGCCUUUCAUCUAGUCGUGUAGGCCUGCGGCAAGAGUCUGCCUUGAGCUCAGAUAACCUAACUUCAAGAAAGUCAUCACAGUCAAGGCUUCUAUGUUUUGUUAUUACAGCCAUUGCAAAGCUGGCAACCAACCACCGUGAAUUGCUGCCCAGGGCUCGCUUUUCCUUGAGCAAAGUAGUUAGGUCUCGGAUAUCGGAUGUGAGGGUCUGGAGACGGGCUUGUGAUUAUUUGGGUUUAAUAAAUGAACCUGCAAUUGCCUCUUCUGUUUUGGGGCCUUCACGACCUUCACAUGGACAAAUGCAGAAGCCAGGUACUGUCAAGUGGAGCGAGGGCGCAACAAAGAUGAUUGCACAUAUUCCAUUCUAUAUCCUCGGUGAACAAGAAGGUCCACCCUUCCAUGAUUUUUUCUUUUCAGAUGUUCUUCCAAGAUGAAUGGUGCCUAAUUUUUGCAAUUUAUUGAGUUUUUAACAUGUAUUGUUAGUCUGUACUUAAAGAUUUUCUGUUGUACAUUAUCUUGUAAAGUGCAUUGCCCUAUAUACACAAGUUCCAUAGCUUGUAAAGUACUAUCUCUAUACUUGCUGUGUGGUGUGUACACAGUACCUUAACCUAAUUGGCACGUGAAAAAGAGAGGCCAUCAUUUUCGUGAUUUUAAACAUGAUUAAAAUGAUUUAAAAUAUACUUCACGCAAGGAGUUGUUUGGUGACGACUUCUCAAGCAUUCAUCUUUCUGAUGAUCAAGCUUUGAGAUUGUAAUAGAAUAUAACAUAAACUGGUAUUUUGCAACUGAUGAUGAUUGCUGGUUGUUAAACAUAGUUGAUAAUUUCCUUUCGGUUG